AUGUUGUUCUUCUUUGACUUUGAGGAUAUAACUACAUUGGGACAGAGCAUCUUCUCUUGGAAAGCUCGUGAAGGGGAAGGUGUUCCAGCUCCUGUCCUGGAGAGUUUGGGUGUAGAUGGUAGCAUUGAAGUUGCAUCAUCAAUGCAGCCGUCUGUCAUUUCAGUUGGGAAGAGAUACAACUUCUUAUCUCCUUCUCCUUCUUCUUCGUAUCUCCUUCUUACAUCCUUCUUCGUAUCUCCUUCUUCCUCUGUAAUUCAUAUCUACUUCUUCUUCGCUAUGGAUCCAUUUAGUCAAGCUGGUAGUUUUCAAAACCUCUUAAACAGUCAACAACCAAACACCUCUUUCUCCUUUGUCACUCCUAGUAUAGAACUCUCUUCAUCAGAUGCCUCUGUCUUCGGUACACAAUGGGCUGACGAUGCAAACGAAAAACAUGUCGUCUCUGACCGUAAAGAAAGGAGGAAGUGGUCACCAACUGAAGAUCUCAUUGCAUCAUAUGUUGCAUCAAGCCCAAAGCUUUCUGCUUUGCAAAAGAGGGAGCCAAGUAACUGUAAACAAAGGUGGGGGAAGAUCAACGAGGGUGUAUGUAAGUUUGUUGGGUGUCAUGAAGCUGCAACUAAAGCUAAAUCCAGUGGGAUGAAUGAGGAUGAUGUUUUGAAGAUGGCGCAUGAGAUAUUCUUCAAUGACUACAAGCUAAAAUUUACACUCGAGCAUGCCUGGUUGGAGCUUAGCCAUGAUCAAAAAUGGUGUGGCGCUUCUUCAACCAAAGACAAGGUAAGCUCCAAAAGAAGAAAGCUGGAUGACCAGACUGCACAAUCAUCGACCUCUGUGCAAGGUUGCCAUGGAGAAGAUGAAGCUAUGACUCAGCCGAUUGGUGUAAAAGCAGCUAAGGCCAAAGGAAAAAGCAAGGGAAAGACUUCGGAAGAGGCAGUGGAGCUUCAGACCAUGUGGGAGAUAAGGCAAAAUGACUUUGUCUUGAAGGAGAAGCUUAACACUUAA